CACUGAUCAUCAGGGCACUGAUGAUCAGUGUAGCCCCAGCAGUGCCACCUGUCAGUGCCCAUCAGUGCCACCUGCCAGUGCUCAUCAGUGCCACAUAUCAGUGCCCAUCUGAGCUGCCUCAGUGUCACCUAUCAAUGCCAGUCAGUGCCGCCUAUCAAUGCCAGUCAGUGCCAGCUAUCAGUGCCGCCAAUCAGUGCGGCCUAUCCGUGCCAACUUUCAGUGCCCAUCAGUGAUGCCUGUCAAUGCCCAUCAGUGCCACCUACUAGUGCCUCCCCAUCAGUGCCACCUAUCAGUGCCCAUCACUGCAGCCUCUAUAGCGCACAUCAGUGAAG